AUGGGAGCGCUCCUUCCCAUACUGAUCCUGCACGCAGGCGACGAAACCCGUCCAGUAUGCAAAGCCUGCGGCAAGAAAAAUCGUCCUUGCCAGUGGGAAGAGCCACAUACCAAGUUCAAGGAUUACCGGCCUGAUGGACCCUCAUCAAGUCGAUCUGCUGCUGCUGGCACCGAUGACGAAACCGAGAGUAAGAGUGACAUGAUGGAAGUUGACGGUAUCGAAGGAGUCGAUGGCAUUGGUAGAGGAGAUGAAGCCGUUCGCACAAACAGUUUCAGCGAGGAGAGCUUCAGCCGGAACACUUCACCGAGACGACGGAAAAACAGUCGGACCGACGGAGUAUCGGAGGGCCAAUCUACCAGCGUUUCCUCACCGUCGGCUCACUUAUCCCCAGGCUCACCAUACUUUGUUCCCAGGUCCAAGAGUACACCGGGUGGUGUGUCGGUGGCGAGUCUGCUGCAGUCGCCCGACCCGGACGGCAUGUCAGAGGGCUCGCUGCCGAUGCAUACCCGUCAGGCAAUGCAGCAGGCACAUUCCCACUCGCACAACCGAAGGGAUAUGCCAGAGGGGACGAGAAACUAUUCACCUCAGCAUGUUUCUUUGACACAUGAAGAAGCCCUGCUGGUGCAUCACUAUACCGAACAUCUUGGUCGUUGGCUAGACUGCACAGACGCCACACGUCAGUUUACACUGGGCGUGCCGGAGAAGAUCAAACAAUGCCCGGUGCUUUGCCACGCUGUCAUGUCCUUUGCGGCUCGCCACUGCAGAAAGGACGCAACAGCUGAAGCAGCCUACCAGCGCUGCAUUGCCCUGCUCAUCGAACGAUUGAACGAGCAAGCGGCUAGCCACGAUGAAACUCUUUUGUGUGCUAUCGUCAUACUGCGUUUCUAUGAGCAGCUGAACGCACUGGUUCUGAUGAUGAACAGCAUCUCGCAGGCUGCUCAGCCAUUAUUCGAUCAUCCCAAGGAAAUCACUACGUAG